UUUCUCUCUCUCUCUCUCUCUUGUCUGCUCGUCGCCUGCCUCCUCUGCGAAAAGACCCAAAAGUCUCUCUCUCCCGGCUGCGCUAACUUGCGCCGCGGCCCCUCCGGCGAUCGUCGAUCAGCCUCCGAUCUCCGAUCUCCGGGCGGCUCCGGGAUUGAGCCGCAGCCGCCGUCGGAGUUCCGCUUCGGAGUUUUUUCUCUCUCUGUAGAUUCGAGCUCGUUUCCGGCGACGCCGCGCUCCCGAACAGCUGUCGAGCUGGUCGGAGCUUAGCUGCUCGUCGGCGUUGCUGUGGAUUUUGCUUUUUGUCGCUACUUUUGGUUACUGAUGUGUGUAUGAACUGACAGUAGGUGUUGGAUUUCGGCAUGUUCGAUGAGGGAUUUUCCGUGAGUAGAUUCGUGGGAGAUGUUGUGCGAACCAGAGUGUCGAGGACUAUAACCCUAAGUUUAGUUUCGGUCGGGGCUGUGCGGAGGAGAGUUUCCAUGGAAGUCCUUUAGCAUCGCCCGAGGUUUUUUCGGCCUUGUCCUCUGUUGUCCCCCUGAGUGAAACGAGGAAGCGUUUUUCGGGUUAGCCAGCGAGAGAGCCUCUUAGCUGGAGCUAUGGAUUGUUUGGAACUGAAUCUGAACAAAGAGAUUGGUGAUGGCGCCUCCGGCAGUGGCGGCGGUGGCGUUGGGGGAAGUGUUGGGAAGAAUGCUAAUAAGAGUGGUGGUGGGGAAGGAUUCAUUGACAGGAGCAAAGUGAGGAUCUUGUUGUGCGAUAACGACACGAAGAGUUCGGAAGAGGUCCUUACGCUUCUUUUGAAAUGCUCUUAUCAGGUGACUGCUGUAAGAUCCGCUAGACAGGUCAUUGAUGCUUUAAAUGCUGAAGGGCCUGAUAUAGACAUUAUUCUAGCUGAAGUUGACAUGCCCAUGAACAAAGGCAUGAAGAUGUUAAAAUAUAUUACAAGAGAUAAAGAAUUGAGGCGGAUUCCCAUCAUCAUGAUGUCAGCACAGGAUGAGGUCUCAAUUGUUGUCAAAUGCUUGAGAUUGGGAGCAGCGGACUAUCUUGUGAAGCCAUUGCGCACCAAUGAGUUGUUGAACUUGUGGACUCACAUGUGGAGAAGGCGACGCAUGCUUGGACUGGUAGAGAAGAACAUUUUGAGCUAUGACUUUGAUCUGAUUGGUUCCGACCCUAGUGAUAAUAAUACAAAUAGUACUACUUUGCUUUCUGAUGAUACUGAUGAUAAGUCCCGGAAGAAUGCCAAUCCUGAGAUUGGGCUGUCUGCAACUCAUGAAGACGAGUCUGGUGCUGUUGCUGAGCCCCCACUUAAAGGUGCAGUAAAUUGUCGCCCUGAUGUGCCAGGAAUCAGUGAUCGUCGAACCGGACCAUGUUCCUCUGGUCCUAAGAAGAGUGAACUAAAAGUUGGAGAGUCGUCUGCCUUCUUUACAUACGUCAAAUCGACAAUUGUCAAGAAUACUCCUUCAACAGCUGAACAAGUUGAUGGUUGUGCUUCUGUAAAUUAUCGGAUGGAAGAGAAGAAUCAGGCGGAGGAUGAGCAGGCAGUUUAUGAUCCUCAAGCACAUGAAAAUGGAGAGGUCUGGGAGAAAUCUUCCCUAGGAGAUGAAUUUCCAAGUGGGAGUAGUGUUCCAGAUUCUGUGUCUUUGGAACGGUCCUGUACGCCGCCAGGGUCAGCUGACUUUCCUCAACAAAGGAAUUUCAUGGAAGAACGGGCACCUCAGAUGCCUAUACAUGCGACAAAUGAGCUUCGUGUUGACCUCCCUGGAUUGCCUGCGCAAAGCACAUAUCCAUACUAUGUGCCCGGAGUUGUUAAUCCAGUUAUGGUGCAUUCAUCAGCACAAGCGUACCAGAAUAAUCUGCAUGACUUGCAAAACCAUCCUACUUCAGCCAUGUUGCCCCAGUACAGUCAUCUUCCUCAUUUUCCCACCCAUGUAAAUGGGAUGGCGUCAUUUCCCUAUUACCCAGUUGGCUUAUGCUUACAACAAGGUCUCAUGUCUUCACCUCAUUCAUGGCCAUCCUUUGGAGGUUCAUCUAUAUCUGAAGCAAAAACGAAUAAAGUAGAUAGGCGAGAGGCAGCCCUACUCAAGUUUAGGCAGAAAAGGAAAGAGCGGUGCUUUGACAAGAAGAUUAGGUAUGUUAACAGGAAACGACUUGCCGAAAGGAGGCCCCGAGUGCGCGGCCAAUUUGUGAGGAAAGUAAAUGGUGUAAAUGUGGAUUUAAAUGGCCAGCCUGAGUCUGCUGAUUAUGACGAGGAUGAAGCAGAGUAUGAGGAUGAGGAUCUGGCUUCGAGGGGUUCCACUCCCGAUGCUGAAAUUUCUGGAACAUGAAGGUCAUUUUUAUCUGCUGAACCCAUGAGGAUACGAAAGCUGAGUUGCUUGCAUCUCAAUUCGGCAAAGAUCAUAUGCAGCAUCAGCUCUGAUUAUGGAUGCCAAUAUCAGAUUUCGGCACGGGAAAGGUGACGCAGAUUGCACGAAAGCAGCUCACCGCUGUGUUCGUCUUCCAAUCCAGGCCUGAACUGUGCACCGUGGGAGCUUCGUCCUUGGCCUUAAUUAUUCAUCAAACAAAAUGAUGCCACGUGAUAUCGGUUCCCCAUUUGAUCUUUUCGUAGUUUGUUGGAACAGAUACGUUAAAGUUUUGGUUUCCGCUUGCACAAUUCGGAAGCUGGAAGCAAAUAUUUUUCAGAUGAAAAGAAACUCCUAUCCAGUUGUGCCGAUUUGGGAACCAAGUCCAGCCGGUUUCUUUCCUGUGGGAUUUGUAAUUUGCUGCAAAUUGACAUGAUUUCGAUGGUGUUUUUAACUUUGAUCUAUCAAAUUGAAUUAACAUUGGAUUUUCCGUGUUA